CCUCUGGGGGCGGCGCCGAUGAAAUGAGCUGGCGGCGCAUGCGCGUGCAUUCAUCCAUCUAUGAGGCUGUUUCUGAAGAGCCGAGGAAAAGCAGCAGGUGGGAGGUUGUUGAUGAAAGACAAUGUCCACGAUGGUAUACCCCAGAGAGGAGAAGAUGGACAAGCUAAGCCAAGAGGAGAUAAUCUCCAACACUAAAUUGGUGAUGCAGGGGCUGGAAGCUCUUAAGAAUGAGCAUAAUUCGAUCUUGCACAGUCUGUUGGAGACCAUCAAGUGUCUGAAGAAGGAUGAAGAAGCCAACCUAGUGCAUGAGAAAGCCAACCUGCUGCGCAAGUCAGUGGAGAUGAUUGAGCUGGGCCUCGGAGAGGCUCAGGUAAUGAUGGCUCUGUCGAACCACCUGAAUGCAGUGGAGUCUGAGAAGCAGAAACUCCGGGCCCAGGUGCGCCGGCUGUGCCAGGAGAACCAGUGGCUGCGGGAUGAGCUGGCAAACACCCAGCAGAAGCUGCAGCGCAGUGAGCAGACAGUGGCACAACUCGAGGAGGAAAAGAAGCACCUGGAGUUCAUGAACCAGCUCAAGAAAUAUGAUGAGGAUGUGUCCCCGUCGGAGGAGAAGGAAGGCGAUUCCACAAAGGAUUCCCUGGAUGACUUGUUUCCAAAUGAGGAAGAGGACCAGGGUCAAGGGUUGCCCCAUCAACACAGCAGCGCUGCAGCAGCAGCCCAGCAAGGGGGCUACGAGAUCCCGGCACGCUUGCGUACACUGCACAACCUGGUGAUCCAGUAUGCUUCGCAGGGCCGCUAUGAGGUGGCCGUACCGCUGUGCAAGCAGGCCCUGGAGGACUUGGAGAAAACUUCAGGCCACGAUCACCCUGAUGUAGCCACCAUGCUCAACAUCUUGGCCUUGGUGUAUAGGGAUCAGAACAAAUACAAGGAGGCAGCUCACCUGCUGAACGAUGCACUGUCGAUCAGGGAGAAAACGCUUGGCAAGGACCAUCCUGCAGUUGCGGCAACCCUGAAUAACCUGGCUGUUCUCUAUGGUAAAAGAGGGAAAUACAAGGAGGCAGAGCCACUAUGCAAGCGAGCACUGGAAAUCCGGGAAAAGGUUCUUGGGAAAGAUCACCCAGAUGUGGCCAAGCAGUUAAAUAACUUGGCUUUACUGUGCCAGAAUCAGGGCAAAUAUGAAGAAGUAGAAUAUUACUAUCGCCGGGCACUGGAGAUCUAUGAAUCCCGCCUGGGGCCUGAUGACCCAAACGUGGCCAAAACGAAGAAUAAUCUGGCCUCCUGUUACCUGAAGCAAGGCAAAUACAAGGAUGCAGAGGUCCUCUACAAAGAAAUCCUCACCCGUGCUCAUGUGAAGGAAUUUGGCUCGGUGGAUGAUGAACACAAGCCUAUAUGGAUGCACGCAGAAGAAAGGGAGGAGAUGAGCAAGUGCACUGCUUAGGAUGCACUGGAGAGUGGAAGAUGGAGGGACUGCAGCAGGUUCUGAGCCACAGACACUUCAGAGCCAGGAAGUUUAAAGUUGGCCAAGCAGGAAAAAGUAGUUUCUUGAGCCCCAAGUCUGAGAUAAGAGGAAUGGGAAGAAGCUGCAGUCCUCUGCACCACCACCUCCUCCUCCUCCUCCUGAGUACAUUUAGAAGGGGGUGGCUAAGAUUUGGCCUAGGUUGGGAAGAAACCAAGAUGCAUGAGGAAAUCUUAGCCUGUUAGAGGUAUGGCAAGCCCAAGGUUCUUGGGAGAAGGGCUCCAGCCACAGGUGCAGCAAGCAGUAGCCCCUGGCUCUUCUGAAAAAUGUACAUGUUGUUAGGAAAAGUGCGAAAACGUGAUGUGCUUCUGAGACCUGCUGAGCUACCGCAUGUAGCAUAGCAUUUCCCAAGCAUGAAUGUAAAGGCUUCAUUAUACCUUCCAUGCUGAACUUCUCUCUGGAAGAGGUGGUCUGAGUUUGUUUUUACAAGUCUUGCUUGAGGAUAAUGUAGGCGUUUGUGUUCUUGUUUCUCUGUUUAUUUCUCAAACUUCAAACAUUGGCCACAUUAUAAGUAUAAUAAAAGGGAAACUAGUACUCUUGCUUAUCACUACCAGACUUGCUCAGUGCUCUUGUGUGGGUAGAUUGUUCAGGAGGAGUGAGGAGAUGUGUGUAUGUGUGCGCAUGCAUUUGUCCAGUUUGACUUGGAGCGUACCAACCAGGCCCCUCAGAGAAUCUUUGCUGCUCCUGGUGUGUGAUCUUAAAACCAAGUCAGAGGAUCCAUUUUCUGACCUCCUGUCUUGGACACUGUUGGCAGGAAAUCUGGCUCCUGUGAUGGGAUCAUGCUGGGAAGUGGCUGAAAUAAAAAGUACUCCAGGUCACUUCUCCCCUGGGAAGGUUGUUGGGCAGCUUUUAAUUGGGUUUGUACCUGGAUGUUGCCUUUAAAAGAAGCCAUUUAAUCACCAGUUGGUUUGAAUGGGGGAUUUCAAAGCUUUUGAGGGACAAAGCUACCCUUCUCCAGGCCAGAAUCCUUAUCUUGACACUUUGGGUAGCAAAUUAGAUCCUGUUCCCUGCCUGGUGUGCUUUCAUAGCUCUUCUUGUUCUGUGCUAUAAGACAUCACCUUUCUGUCUCUCACUCAUUUUAUUUCCAAAUGUCAAAGUUUUCAUUCUCCUGUGUUUGUUUCUGAUUGUGCGGCUCACACCGCCUUGUCUGGUGCAAAUUUUUUCAUACCUUGAAUUCCAUCCUGGAAGCAAUUACAAAUGAAUUCUGUUCAGGAAGCAUAUCAAGCAUAUCAUAUGAGGGAGCUCUUGAAAACAGAUCGGAGAAGCAGAGUGAGCCCUUCUACCUGAACUCAGAACCCAGGAGGCCUAUCUCACCUGUUUUUGGUUUGUUUUUUUCCUGCAGCGUCUUCCUUUGGUGAACCACUUCUUCUAACAUGGGUAUUCUGGUUCUCCAGCACUUCCACAUCUGGUAGGGCUGCACCACUGGGGAAAGUGACUGGGAGAAUGUAACGUUAUAAGAACUAGGCCUUCCCAUUUUCUACUGCCUUAAUUCAGCCAGCACAUGAUUAACUUCGUCACUAAGGCUCAACUCGUGGUGCCUGCCUUUUGCAUUCUUGUAGACAGAAGCUGGUGUAUCCAGGUCAAGUUAUGGGUUCAUCCAGCUUAGGAUUGCCUGUUCUAUUGGGCAAGAGGCCUUCCAAGUCUUGACCUGAGGUCUUUUCUAUCACCUGCUCACUGAUCCUUUUGACUGGAAGUGCCAGGUUUUGAACCCAGGAACCUUCUGCAUGCAAAUAUGUGCUCCAGUGUUCUAAAGUCCCUCCCCAAAUAUGGACAAAGAGGUAAAUGGUAUAAAGCAAACAUCUGGUGCACAAUAGCUGCCCAUCUGAGCUGUGUGGCUAAUUGGGGCUUUCUGGUACUUGCACAUCCUGUGGCCUUGAAUGUAUGCAAGCUCGUGUCUGCAUUUCUCACAUACAGUACUCACCACCUCUGCAAUUACAAGUGUAUAAGUAGCAAGCGCAUUGCUUCUGUAAAGUGUGAGAACUUGUCCCCACCUGCAAAACGAACUUGGGAAAACACCAAGAGAGCCGGUCUUGCUUUGUGAGGAACCUCGCUGCAUAGCACUGAUUUGUAAGCUGCCCAAGGAGCCUUAUGGCUAAUGGGACAGAAUAAAAAUCAAAUAAAUAAAUAAUAAAAACAUGCUACAACAUGCCAAGUGGUAGAAGUUGCAUAUGCCAGCUCAGUGACCUCCAGCCCUUCUGGGUAGAUUAGCAGCUCCACAUGCUGGUUGGGGUAGGGGACUGGGAAAGUAAGAGGGGUCUUAAAACACACUAGCUCAGGCAACAUGAUAAUCCAGUCUUAGGAGGUGAUCAUGGGUUGAAUAUCAGCUGUUGCUGGAAUGUGAAUUGUUGAAAUGUGGGUUACCAUGUUGUCUGGAACCUGCUGAGAUAACAAACUAUGGUGUACAACCCAGAGUGUGUAACUCAACAAUAAACCUUGUUUGGUUGGGGUUUGUUUUUUUUUUUUUUUUUUGUGGUAAACAAACCAUGACCUUUUAGUGCAGCUGAGCUCACAGAGAACAAGUGCAACGUGUUUCAUCAACAACGUGUUUCAUCAGCUGGUUCAAUGCUAGUCCAUACUAAACCCUUAAAUGUAGGUUAUCAUGUUGUCUGAACCCACUCAAUAAGUCGUUACAUAGAGACAGAGAAAUAGAGUGAGUCAGAAGGGAUCUCCUGGGCCAUCUAGUCUGACCCCCGGCUCCAUCCAGCUCCACUCAUGACACGCCUACCAUGUGCAUGUCAAAUUUGUCCUUGAACACCCUUACCGAUGGGGCUUCAACCACCUCCCUGGAGUUCCCAAAGUAUAACAUAUUGUAUACCCAUUAAAUUCCAUCAGCUUUUCUUGAAAUACAAAAGUUUGCUGAUACUUUCCAGAAUGACCAAACAGGGAGGACUUUUCCACAUAGUGGAGAGAAAUUGGAUCAUAUGAUGAUAAUAUUGUUUCUGAAAUAAGGAACUCCUCCAUAAUGUAUUUAUUUAUUCAGUUUCCAUUAUCUUUAAUGUCAUCCAUUUCUACUGGCAGUCUUGGUUUUGUGUAUUUUUUUUUCUUAUGGCAAUUAAACAGCAUAAAAACCAUCUUGCUAGCAGAUUGCUUUUUGUAUUCUUUGACAUAUUCUGUGUGUGUAGCAUAGCAGCAGCCUGGUUCUGUGUAUGUUUACUCCACAGUAUACUUCCUGGUCUACUCGUAACUCUCAAGUAAUGUGCCUAGGAUUGUAGCCAGUGAAUGACCUUGGCCCACUUGCAUGCACUGCUUGUGGCAAUACCAGGAAUAGGAUAGCGACUGCAAGCAUUCUUGUUGUGUUGCUGUGAGAAUGGCCAUAAUUAGAAAUAGCUAAAUUCGCUUACUCAUAAGCCUUGGGAGCUCCAUGGCAUUGUGUGGCCAUUGGGAAGGAAAACAGAAUUCUGUGGGGCGGAAGAGUGCCAUCUUAAGUGUUUCAGCUCAGAGUCUAUUAGCUCCCUUAGGGGCUGGGCCUGAACUGUCAUGCAAAGGGAAAUAAGUCUUGUGCUGUAGUGCAGCCAACGUACGGGAGGGCACCAUCUCCCAUAAUCCCUCACCAUUAAUUGUCUGUCCAGGGCUGAUGGAAGGAGCUAGCUGAGACAUCUCAAAGGCCAUAGGUUGCCCACCCCGCUGUAGCUUAGUAAGACUCACUCCCAAAUAAGUACAUUUAAGCUUGCAAGGAAAGACUGUACUUCCUGAGGAGACGAUUGCAGCCAAGCCAGGCACUUAAGGUGUCUUCUUGCCCAAGAGAGGCUGUGCAUCAUUUCUGGAGAUGCACACAAGGCAGCAACUAAUCAGCCUGAGAAAUGCUGGCCAAAUCCUCCUUACCUUUCUGUCUUGGGAACGUCCCCAAUAGCCUAUGCCUGCUUGCAAAUCCAUCUCUGUUCCUCACAUGGAAGCCUGGGGCUGUGCUAAGCACUGAUCCCCCUUCACAGAUGGAGUGCUUGAGCUAGGAAAGGGUGGUCAAGGUUUUAGUUUUUGUGAACAAAGCUGUGGAGAAGCUUUUAGACAGGCUUCCCCCACCAGGUGACCUCCAGAUGUUCUGGUUUCGAACUUUCAUCAGUUUUAUCCAGCAUAGCCAGUGAUCAGGGAUGCUCAUAGGCCAAAGCAUUUAAGGAACAUCAGGUUGGGAAAUAGUUAUUACUGUCUAUGUUCACAUGGGCUCCUAUUGCUUCAGACUACUAUUUGGUUGCCAUGCAAAGUGUCAUCAGAGGCUCUACUAAAAUGGGCCUGGAACUGAUUGUCUUUUUACGCUCGGCAAAAGCUGAAUGUCCAGCCUGUAAUCGUUGGAAGGUAACUCUUUGUAGCUCUAACUCGUUUUCAAACCAAAGUGAAAAAAUGGCAUGACUGACCCACCUCUGGACCCAACACUGGGACAUUUUUUUUGUCCCAGUAAUAAGACUGCAUUAUGGAUGAACCAUUGAGGAUUAUGAGGUCCCUGUCCCCCAUGGACCUUUAAUGCAGCCCCCACACUGGGAUUUGCUGCCCUCUCUGCUGACAACCUGGCACACAUCCAUGUGGAAUGCAGAAUGUAGUAGGUCAGUGUUGGAACACAUUUUUAUGGGCACAGAGCUUGGAAAAACCCCUGUUUGGAACCCUGGAGAACUAUUAGAAGUCAGUAUCCACAAUAGUAAGUUAGAUGGGCCAAGGGUCUGACUCAGUACAAGGCAGCGUUCUGUGUUCCUAACCGACCUCUAUCCAUUCCCACUCAAAUAUUUCUCAGCAUCAGCAGCUGGAAACUCCCCACCUAUUGAGCCUGCCAGGGGAUUGGCUGGUGGAGAAACCCCUUCUCCAAAGGGAUUUGUUUUUAAUUAGGAAGUGCUUCUAAGAUUGGGGAACUAAUGGCUGAAUGGCCUUCCACCUUGGAUGACUGCCCUAAAAAAUGCUGAAGGAGCACAAAGCUAGCAAUUAUUGGUCACUGUUCCAUGCAAAGUUGUUGCAAGCCAGGAAUGUUUCUCUAGGGAGGGAAUCAUACAUGGGCAAAGUCCUGGAGUGUGGCUUUUGGUUUCUGCUCAGAGUUUUAAACUAGCUGAAAAGCAAAGCAAAACAAAACAGGGUGGGUAGGGGAGAUUCUUUGUACAAAUUUAUAUAAAAUGUGAUUUUAUUUGUAUAAAAUUAUGCCUGGUAAAAGGAAAGUAGGUUUUCACUUAAUUUUGGGGAGCAGGGAGCGAAUUCCAUAGUUAAACUACGUGCUAUGUGAAGAAAUAUUUUCUUUUGUCUACACCAAUCCAUUUUAUUUGAUGACUCCCUGUGUUUCUAAUACUGUGGGUGAAGAGGGAAGCCCUUAUUCAUAUAACACAUAGUCAAAUAUGGAAUUUGCUACCAAAGGAUGAUCCUGAGUUCUAGUAUUAUUUGAGAGGUUUCUGUCAGACAUGCCAUUAGACAGACAAAAGGAAGCAUUUCACACAGCACGUAAUUAAACUGUGGAGUUCAUUAAUACAAGAUAGUGAUGGCUGCCAGUUUGGAAGGGGAUUUGUCAAGUUCAUGAAGGCUAAUGCUAUCAGUAGCUAGUUGUAGUCAUAUAUCACUUCUAGUCUUGGAGACAGUACACCUCUUUAUAUCAGUUGUUGAGGAAAAUCAGCAGGAAGGUGCUUGUACAUUCAUGCCCUAGUUCUGGGCUUCCCACAAGCAUCUGGUUAGCCGCUGUGAGAACCAAAUGCUGCCCUAGAUAGACCUUUUGCCAGAUCCAGUAGGGCUUUUCUUAGGUGUGUUAAGAAGUUCUGUGAAACUCUAGAACCUCACAAGUUACUGUGCCAACACUCCUAUCUGUGACUUAGCUAGGUAGUGUUCUUGUGACAUGACUUUGUAUACAGAUACUCGGGCAGCCGUACUUAAAAAAAAGAAGACAGUCGAAACAUGUGGCAAAACAUAAUAAUCAUUCUAGUGAUAUAUAGCUUCAACAUACACCAGUGCAGGAUCCAAAACAGCUACAGGGUGACUGAGACCAAGCUGAUGUGCACCUUGUCUAUCUCUUCUAGGUGUGUGACUGGAGAUGGAGAAAUUAAUUGUGGCUCUUUCUCGUGCAGGUGUUUUUGCUGAUCUAAUAAGUCUCCUUGUCUUCUCUCCCCCACCCCA